CCAUACCAAGCCUGCAUUCCUCACUUUGCGCUUAGGAUACCUACCGUGAACAACCAUCCGGCUCUCUCUCCAAACAAACAUCUUCAAAUAUGCGAGAAAUUGUCCACCUUCAAGCCGGUCAAUGUGGCAACCAAAUUGGUGCUAAGUUCUGGGAAGUGAUCUCAGACGAACACGGUAUUGACCCCACAGGCUCCUACCAUGGAGACUCAGACCUUCAGUUGGAGAGAAUCAACGUCUACUACAAUGAGGCCACAGGAGGCAAAUACGUUCCACGUGCCGUAUUGGUGGACCUCGAGCCGGGAACCAUGGACUCCGUGAGGUCUGGACCUUUCGGACAGAUCUUCAGACCAGACAAUUUCGUUUUUGGUCAGAGUGGUGCUGGAAACAACUGGGCUAAGGGACAUUAUACAGAAGGUGCAGAACUUGUAGACUCUGUUCUUGACGUUGUGCGAAAAGAAGCUGAAAGUUGUGACUGUCUUCAGGGAUUCCAGCUAACACAUUCCCUCGGUGGUGGUACCGGAUCUGGUAUGGGUACACUACUUAUCAGCAAAAUUCGUGAGGAAUACCCAGACAGGAUCAUGAACACAUUCUCCGUUGUACCAUCACCAAAGGUAUCGGACACAGUUGUUGAACCCUACAACGCCACUCUCUCAGUCCAUCAGCUGGUUGAGAACACAGACGAAACCUUCUGCAUCGAUAACGAAGCUCUUUAUGACAUCUGCUUCCGUACCCUGAAGCUGACCACCCCAACAUACGGAGAUCUCAACCAUCUCGUCUCUGCCACCAUGUCCGGAGUCACCACCUGCCUCCGAUUCCCCGGUCAGUUGAACGCUGAUCUGAGGAAGCUUGCCGUCAACAUGGUUCCUUUCCCACGUCUUCACUUCUUCAUUCCUGGAUUUGCCCCACUCACCUCCCGAGGAAGCCAGCAGUACCGUGCCCUCACCGUCCCGGAACUCACCCAGCAGAUGUUCGAUGCCAAGAACAUGAUGGCUGCCUGCGACCCACGUCACGGCCGUUACCUUACGGUUGCAACAAUGUUCCGUGGCCGCAUGUCCAUGAAGGAGGUUGACGAACAGAUGUUGAACGUCCAGAACAAGAACAGCAGCUACUUCGUCGAAUGGAUCCCCAACAACGUCAAGACUGCCGUUUGUGACAUCCCACCACGUGGUCUUAAGAUGUCUGGAACCUUCAUCGGUAACAGCACCGCCAUCCAGGAGCUGUUCAAGCGUAUCUCUGAGCAGUUCACCGCUAUGUUCCGUCGUAAGGCUUUCUUGCAUUGGUACACUGGUGAGGGCAUGGACGAGAUGGAGUUCACUGAAGCCGAAUCCAACAUGAACGACUUGGUGUCUGAAUACCAACAGUACCAGGACGCCACCGCCGAGGAGGAGGGUGAAUUCGACGAAGAGGAGGAAGAGGCCGACCAGUAGGACUCUAAAGGCAUUAAUGAUGAGACUUGAACAAAAUAGAUCUGUAUAGAACAUUGUAUCUAGUCAAGAACGGAAUGAUGAUUACUGCAAUGGACUUGCCGUAUAUCAAAUUAUGCAAUGAUGGUCUUUCAAAAGUGCAAAGUGUCGAAAUGGGGUGAAUUUCUCUAAACUAGCAAAUGUUGUUUAAAUCAACCAUUGAUGGUUUAGAGGAAAUAUCCUUACAAAAAAUGCCUAUUCUACCGAAAAUGUUUUCUCAUUUAAAGAAAAAUCCCAUUUCGUAUCGUUAACCUGCAUAAUACAUUCUGUGAUACUCAAAUAUUUGGUCCUUUUUAGUAAUGAUCAAUAUUUUCACAAUGUGGUCUGGUCUGGGGCCUUCGUCACCUGCUGUCCGGUAACAGUAUACAGCUUGUGGUACUAUGGUUGGUGCUUUUAGUUGCAUUUAAAGUUACAUGUACGUCUGCCUAAUAAUGGUGCUCUCCAAUACUCCGGUGUUCUUUUGCCUCGUUUCGAUGGAGAUGCUGUUAAUCAUCUGGUCACUGCAGCGUCUCGGCACACCAAGCUUAUGUAUAGUAACAACUGAAAUAUAAUCUGCCUAUGCAGUAUGGUUGGCUUGUAGCUGACGGUACAUGUACAGGCACAUAAUGACGUAUACAAUCUAGUGAUACUAAACAAGUCUUCGCUUUAAUAUAGAAGUUAUCCGUAUGAUGUUUUGAUGGAGAAUUGUUCCCCUAUUCUGUUAUAUCUUUGUACGGGUAUAUUUUUUCAUGGAACUUCCGAUUGAUGUUCUUCAACAAUAAACUAGGUUUGAUUAGGCAACUGA